UGAGGCUGGCCAGACGGACGCCGCUCGCAGCACGGGGCGGGCACGCCGAGCGGGCGGGCAGCAGUCCGGGGGGGGACCUCGGGAGCGGAGUCGGACACCCCCGGAGGGAAGAAAUGAGGUAGCGACCGUCCCCGGAGCCGACCAUGCGAGCGCGCCGCCCUCGGCGCCCCGCGCUGCCCGGGUCGAGCCAGCCGGGACAGUGAGCCGGCCGAGCCCCGGGACCCCGCGUCGGGCGGGAGCGAGGAUGCAGUGAGCCGCCGCCGGAGCGCCGCGCCGGGCCCGCCGCGGCCAGCCGGAGCAGCGUGCGCCCGCGCUCGGGCCGAGCGGCCGAUCCUGGGACCGGCCCGGCCGAGCCUCUCGGUCUUCAGCACCCCUUGUGGGCGGGGAGCGCUGGCCCCUGGGCGCCCUCGCUAUCGAGUUUCCGCGGCUUCUAGUCUCAGCCCGGGGGAGAGAGAGGGUGUGUGUGUGUGUGUGUGUGUGUGUGUGUGUGUGUGUGUGUGUGUGCGCGCGCGCGCGGGAGCCCUAUCCACGUUCGCCCAGGAGUUCCUGCAUAUUCUCGCCCCGUCCCGGCUGCUUUGGCCCGGGUCCCCUCUAUUUGCACGCGCGCAUCUCUUUUUUCCCUCUCAUUCCGUCUUUCUCUCCUUUGGCCGGCCUAAGCCUCUUCGUGCUCGACCUUGCCCAGGUUGGGGUACAUCUGUGCGCGCUUUUUCCCCCCUACGCUCGCAGCUGAAUAUUUUAAUUUUUUUUUUACCCGUACCCACUUCGGUGGGGUCCCCGAGCACGCUACUCCCACCCCCCCCCUCCCACGGGGCCACUCCCAGCAGAGUUUUAUUUUUCCGUCUCGCCCGGGCCGAGCCCGGCCGGGGCGGGUGGCCCAGCGGGGCUCGCACCCGGCGCUCCGCCGCCGCCCAGCUGCGCGGGGGCGCCCUCCGGAGAUGCUGCCGUGGAAGAAGCACAAGUUCGAGCUGCUGGCCGAGGCGCCGCCGCGGCAGGCGUCCAAGCCCAAGGGCUACGCGGUGAGCCUGCACUACUCCGCGCUCAGCUCGCUGGCGCGGGCGUGCCCCGAAGGCGCGCUCAGCCGGGUGGGCAGCAUGUUCCGCUCCAAGCGCAAGAAGCUGCACAUCACCAGCGAGGACCCCACGUACACCGUGCUCUACCUGGGCAAUGCCACCACCAUCCAGGCGCGCGGCGACGGCUGCACGGACCUAGCGGUGGGCAAGAUCUGGAGCAAGAGCGAGGCGGGCCGUCAGGGCACCAAGAUGAAGCUGACUGUGAGUGCGCAGGGCAUCCGCAUGGUGCACGCCGAGGAGCGCGCACUGCGCCGCCCGGGCCACCUCUACCUGCUGCACCGCGUUACCUACUGCGUGGCGGACGCACGGCUGCCCAAGGUCUUCGCCUGGGUCUACCGGCACGAGCUCAAGCACAAGGCGGUGAUGCUGCGCUGCCACGCGGUGCUGGUGUCCAAGCCCGAGAAGGCGCAGGCCAUGGCCCUGCUGCUCUACCAGACGUCGGCCAACGCACUCGCGGAAUUUAAACGGCUCAAGCGGCGGGACGAUGCGCGUCACCAGCAGCAGGAGCUGGUGGGCGCGCACACCAUCCCUCUAGUGCCGCUGCGCAAGCUGCUCCUGCACGGACCCUGCUGCUACAAGCCGCCGGUGGAACGCAGCCGCAGCGCGCCCAAGCUGGGCUCCAUCACCGAGGACUUGCUCGGCGAACAGCAGGAGCAGGAGCUGCAGGACGAAGAGGAAGAGGAGCACAUCGAAGGCUGCCUGGAGGAGGAGGAGGAGGACCGAGCUGGGGACGAGGACCCGGCGGCGGAAGAGGCCGAGGCGCAGCGGGCGCUGGUGGUGGCCAUGCACUUGGAGUGCGGGGGCUUGCUGGACACGCUGGAGAGUGGCCGCGAGGAGGCGCUAGGGGGCGGCGGGGACUCGGUGGGCCCCGGGGCCGGGCCGCAGCCUCUGCUGCCGGGCAGCGCGUCGGACGUGAAGGCCGAGCUGUCGCAGCUUAUUAACGACCUUGGCGAGCUCAGCUUCGGCAACGACGUGCGCAGCCUGCAGGCCGACUUGCGGGUGACGCGCCUGCUGUCCGGCGAGAGCACCGGCAGCGAGAGCUCCAUCGAAGGCGGGGGCCUGGACGCCACCUCGGCCGCCGCCGCCGGGGACCGGGCGGGCCCUGGCGACAGCGCCGGCCCAGAGCACCCCCACUAGGGCCGAGAUGCCGGCUGCCCCCUGCGCGCCCCUAGCGCCCCACCUUGACUCCCCACCGGCCUUUCCGGACAACCUCCUCGCCGCCCUCCUCCCCUCUCACCCCCCACGCCCCCGGGAGCGGGGGAGUGGGACCCCUGAGGCCCGGAGUUACCCUGCCCCUUCCCCUUCAGCACGUUGGCUGUUUGAAGAGGGGCUGAGGUUGCUGGUGGAGAUGUGCGAGGGGGCAACUCCCAACUCCCGCACGGAAGGAGAGAGAGGCAGACCCUGGGGUGGGGGUGGGGGAAGGGCCCUCCAGUUUGCAAAGUCCUACAGGCAAGAGGUGCCUGCUGGCCAGUUUCCUGUUUGUGGGGCGGCCGGGCCGAGGAAGGGGGGUUAAUUUCCUCUCCACCCCACCGACCCCGCCGGAAUAACAGUAACAGGGAGCGGCCUGGGGCUGUCCUUGACGUGUCAUUAAAAAGAAAAAAAAUCUGCUCUCACAAUGUUCGAGGCUGGAAAUGCCACCUCCUUGCCCCAGUCUUUCUGGUGCGAGAGCUUGGGUUGUUUACCUCAGGCUCAGACCCUUGAAAUUCUGCCAAAUUCCUCAAAUAACUGUUUAGGGGUGGUGGGGGGGGGAGUGGAAUGAAAGAAAGUUGCAUUUUGUUUACAGUUAAAGACGUCUAAUAUCUGGAAAAGGAGUUUUCCUCUCAAAACACACACCUUCCUUCUGCUCAAAAGAUCUCCCUCCAUGAUACCGUGUAAAAUAUUUUGCACUGUUGUGAAGUAUUUUCGACAUUUCUGUUUUGUACAUAACUGUGUUCUCAGAGCUAAACGUUUAUAUCUUUUGCUGUGCAAAAGGGACAUGUAAAAUGUUGUUCAGUUGUACAUACGGAAAUGUGUAUAAAACAUUUUGUUAUUUUUUAAGAGAAGCCCUGCUCUGGUCUGUUUGCACGUCCUGCGGGGAGAGAAUAAAGAGGCCGAUGUAAGAGAA